CAAUCGGUAUAUCCCCAAAACCAACCUGACUCCUUGAAUCAGAAUAGAGUAGAUUAUGCUAGACAGUAUCAAAACUAUCAGAAUAGUAACGAAAGACUUCCACCCACUCAGACCAUUCCAACUCCGGCACCAGGACAUUCCAAAGGUAGCAACAUCGUUAGUUUCCCGCGUAGUCGCCGUUCAACUGACGUAACCGUUCCGGAUCAGUUGGAACCGGAGGAACCGGUUGCAGAAAGCGAAGCCGAGAAGACGCUAACUGAACAGGUCGGGGUACAAGAAAAGUCAUUUACAGCUGAUAAGAGACAAGCUUACUAUGGACCACGGCCACAGCAGUGUCCUCAACGAAGUGUUUGCUGUCGUCGACCAGCUUACCGCCAACCACCUACCCAUGGUAAUCUAGGUCAGUGUGGAAUUCGGAAUGCCCAGGGUAUUAACGGUCGCAUUAAGAAUCCGGUGUACGUCGAUGGAGACAGUGAGUUCGGUGAAUAUCCGUGGCAGGUAGCUAUCCUGAAGAAAGAUCCAAAGGAAUCUGUGUAUGUCUGCGGAGGUACACUGAUCGAUAACCAGUUCAUCAUAACUGCCGCUCACUGUGUCAAGACAUAUAGCGGUUUCGAUCUCCGUGUUCGUCUAGGCGAAUGGGACGUCAAUCAUGAUGUGGAAUUUUACCCGUACAUAGAACGUGAUGUUAUAUCGGUCCAAGUCCAUCCGGAAUAUUACGCUGGUACGCUUGAUAACGAUCUGGCUGUUCUGAAAAUGGAUUCUCCAGUAGACUUCUCCAACACACCGCACAUUUCGCCUGCCUGUUUGCCCGACCGGUACACAGAUUUCUCUGGUCAGCGUUGUUGGACCACCGGAUGGGGUAAGGAUGCCUUUGGAGACUAUGGAAAGUAUCAAAACAUUCUUAAGGAAGUCGACGUACCGAUUGUAAAUGAUAACCAGUGUCAAAACCAACUGCGCCAAACACGUCUCGGUUAUCAGUAUAAACUUCAUCCCGGAUUCAUCUGUGCCGGUGGAGAGGAGGGUAAGGAUGCAUGUAAGGGUGACGGUGGAGGUCCCCUCGUAUGUGAACGCAACGGUAGCUGGCAAGUAGUCGGUGUUGUUUCCUGGGGAAUUGGAUGUGGUAAGGCAAACGUACCCGGAGUGUACGUCAAAGUUGCUCACUACCUAGACUGGUUACAGCAAGUUCGCGGAAGGUACUGAACUCUUGCACGUGCGAAUAUUAUUUAUUGACGGCUCAUAUUAUUUGUGUAAAACGGAAGCAAGCGAGAACUUUACCAGUGAUACUCACCACGAUACUGUGUUUGUAUAUGUAAAAAUAAUUGGAAAACACUUCAGCACAAGCGAAAACGAAUGUAGUGAGAAUAGUACGAAUUGAUUGAAACGAACGAUUGCUGGAGUUAAAGUGUACGAUGCUAUGUGACAGCAUUUCUAAAUAUAUGGCUCUUUUGUAUGUAGUUUUUAUGUAUCAAUGUAGAAUUAAUAAGCUACGAAUAAAUUAUUCUAUUUAUUCUUAACAA